GAAUUCCUCCGCACUUGUUGCGGCGAAAGGAUGCACCCCAACGAUGGCGGUGACCUGCUUUCAACCGUUCGCGGGGCUCACAUGGCAACGGAUUCGACUGGAUAUGACAAGAUGAAUGAGUCCCUUAGUCUCAGUCCAUCGACGCAUUUGCAUGUACACCAGCAAGCCGCGAUGGCCUGGAUGUUGGAUCGAGAAACCAAUGGCAAUGAAGUUCUGCGCGGUGGCAUUCUUGCCGACGGCCCUGGGUUGGGGAAGACAUUGACAAUGCUCAGUGUAAUUCAAGUGCGCAAGUCCACUCAACCCACGUUGGUGGUCGUACCGAACCAAAUCAUCGCCCAGCAAUGGUUGAAGGACAUGUCGACACAUUUCGCCCCCAGUACGUGGUCGGCAAGCAUGUUCAAUGCAUCGGCUCCGAUCGAUCCAUCCCACCGAAUCGUGAUCAUUCUCAUGAAAGACCUGACGAAAGAAUGGCACCGGCGACAAAGCGAGCUCAGCGAGCGCGGCCGAAGCGUGAGCAUUCUGUACCACGUCACAUGGGGUCGCAUUUGCGUCGACGAAGUUCAAGAGAUCUUGGGCAAAUCAUCCUUAGCAGCUCAAAUGAUGCACCAACUGCAGUCGCCCAUUCGGUGGGGGCUCUCAGGUACACCCGUGUCCAAGGUGGCGGAUAUAGCAGGGGUGGCUCAUUUCCUCCAGCUGGCACCUUACGACUCGAGCCAGUGGUGGCGACAGCAGGGGCCCGCGGCUCUCUUGCUCAUCCAGCCCGUGCUCGACCAGAUUGUCUGGCGGACCUCUAGCGGUCACGUGAGCCACAGCUUGCAAUUGCCCACUCAAACGAUCCUUCCUACGACGUAUGUCGAGCUGUCAGCCAUUGAAUUCGCAGCGUACCGACCCCAUUUCGAGCGGUACAUCCACGACAUUCGGAAACGCAUGGCAUCGUUCGAAGACAACGCCGCGCAUCUGUCGUUGGCCGAGCUCAAGCAGCUGCUACAUCACCCCGCCGUCUUGAGCUUGUGCAAAGGGGCGUCCCACGUAUCGCUCUUGACCAAAUCGCCCGUGCCCAUGUCGGACUUUGCCGCUUCCAUGGCCAGUCGGCAGCGGGAGCAAUGCAGUGCCGCGCUCAGUCAGUGGCUCGAAACGUGUCCGUGCGACUCGCUAUGUGGGGCGUACAUGACGUGGCGGCACCACAGCGCCGAGAUUCCCAUCCCUUGGCAAGUGCAGUUAAAAGUGCUGGCAAGGUUGAAGCAUCAAGUGCACUUUACAGACUCGCGGGUCCGAUUUCGCCAUCAAAUCCACCGCACGAUCCUCGACUCGCCACGUCACCAGCGCCGCGUCCCUGCGAUACUGUGGCAGCGCAUUUUCGCCUACUUGAAGGAAGACUUUUCUGACCAAUUGGCGAGAGUGGUGGACACCCAAUUGAAGCCGCUCCAAGCGGCGUUCGAAGAGCUCUCGGCCGCAUUCUGGACGGCCCAUGGCGCGUCAUGGUCCCUGGAAGCGUUUCAGAGUCGAGUGCUGGCAUCGUAUGAGUUGGAGAGGCGGAUCCAUGAACUACCGGCGAUGCGGUCGCUUCUGAACGAGUUUACCAACAUGCGAUUGGCCGAAGCCAAGACCCGCGUGGGGAUUGUCGAACGGCCCACGCUGUGGCAUUAUUUGCGUAACAACACGACGGCGUCCGUGGACGCGGGGGAAAUCCGCAUGGUCACGACAGACUUGCUGGGUCAAUUCACGGACCAGUACAGCGCUAGCCUCCAGUUAUUGCACGACCUCAUGCAGGCCAACUGGACCCACGACCUGCCACGUGUGUUGCUUGCGUUUGGCCAGUGCAACCACGCGACCCGCCGCCUGGACCGGACGUUGGUCGUGGGUCGGGAGGAGCGGUGGCAGCGGCGGGAUGCCGCGCACGGCCAAGGCCGGGGACAGACCCUUUCCCUGGGCGCGCGAUGUGUCGUCUGUGCGCUUCGCAACCGCAUCGACAUGGCGCUGAGUUUUCUCGUCACGGAAGGCAAGUCGCCGACGUUGAUGGUGCUGUUUUUCACUCGCGGGGCACCGCCAGAGAUUCCAGGAUUGUUUCGUGAUUGUACUGCUCGAUUGGAGCACAUGCUGUCGUUGGCGACGUUGCUGGACAACUGGCUCCGAAACUGCUGCGACGUGCAAGCGUGCAUGGCGCCUGUGACACCGUUCAGUCGAUCGUCGCGGCGGGUGGCGCUAGCGUACGACAAAUUUCGACUCGCCAACUGCUAUCGCCAGUACACCAACACUGCUAUUUCCAUGUUGGGCGCGCCGCCAGAGCUUGCUUCUUGUGAUUUAUGUGGCCAUGGAACGUCUCGGUACCAAUUCUAUUUCCCCACCCUCUAGCAGCACAUUUAUAUAUAAACCAUUGCCCAUAUUAUUCAUGUCGAUAUUGGCAUAUAUGCUCUUUUAUCUAUCCUCUCGACUUUGAUGUGUAGCGGUGACGUGUCGUUGCUCCUGUGCUGCCAUCGUUUCUGCCCCACUUGCAUCGCAACGAAGUCCGAGAAAACGACGGCAUGCCUGCUCUGUCACAAGCCCAUGCCGUUCGACGUGUCCAAGGCGCCGCCCCUGCCGCCGCCUGGACUCGCAUGUGGCUCCAAGAUGGACGCGCUGCUUGGCGAUUUGGAGAAAGUUUGCCCCCGCCACAAGUGCGUUGUGUUUUCGCAAUUCUCGGAAGUACUCGACCUGGUCCUGGCUCAAUUGACACUGCGGGGCGUCCGCUGUGUGCAGCUGCGCAGUGGCAACCAGGUCGAACUGCGGCGGGAGUUUGAAACGCAAGACGACGUCCGUGUGCUGCUGCUGCCGUUGAAAAAGUACAACCACGGGCUGAACUUGGUGGAGGCGACCCAUGUGUUUUUGGUCGAGCCAUCGCUGCAGCCAGCGCUGCAUGCGCAAGCCAUGGCCCGUGUCAAGCGACUCGACCAAACCGAACCGACGUUUGUCCACCGCUACGUGAUGCGGGGUACGGUGGAAGAGGCGGUGGAAGCGGCCGUGUCCCACCAGCCCAACCAACGCUUGAGGAAGAUGGACAUGUUUCGGAUCUUUGCCCAAGAUGUGUUCAAGUCAACGUCGUGUGCGGACUCAUCGAAUGAUUACCAAUGAAAUACUAUUAAUAUUAUGUACAAGCCCAUAUAUAUAUAUAUAUAUAU